AUGUUCCUCCUCGGACUUCUUCUACUAAAUCUUUUUGGAAAUCUAUCUGCAGCAGGUACCGGACCUACUUGUCCAGAUGGUUUCACAUUGCUGAAUGAUUCGAAAUGUGUUAAGCUCUAUGAGACUGCGAUGACUUAUGUCAAGGCGGUGAAGACAUGUAGAAGUAUUAUCAAAGGAGAUAUAGUAUCAGUGCACAAAAAUACGGACAAUCAAGCACUUCUUAACCUAAUUAACUCCCAUCACUCUGUCCGUCCAAUCUGGUUAGGACUCACUUGUGUAACAUCAAAUCCAAAUUCAUGUUCAUGGGACGAUAACAGUGGUGCAGCAAGUUAUUAUAACAAUUUUGCAAAAUCCAAUCCAAAUCUCUCUGCUGGCAAAAACGUGUACAUGUUGGUGAGCGGAAGUUCUACUGGUAAAUGGAUAUCCGCCGAUGGUAAUCUUGUCUCAUUGAGUUUUGUGUGUGAAACUCCGUCUAGUUUGGUACCAGAUGACGAAUCAUGCAGCCCGGCGUCACCAACGACGUUCUUAUUUGCAUAUUCCAAUGACUUGAAUCCGACUGACGUGCUGGAAGUGUGGAGUCAUUUUGAUCAACAUCGAGAGGAAAUUUCAAACAAGUCGGUGGUAUUUGCUAAUGUUAGAUUUGAUUUGCGUAAGGCGGAGGAUAUUUUCUAUCAUACAAACUUCAGUGACGUCAUGGAUUCAGUCGAAGCUCACCUCCCGGAUUCUGACCUCGGAUUCACUGAUGUUGGCACUGGAAGUGAUAUUCUCAGUAUUAUUCAAAAAUUUAUAAAUGACGGCCAAAAAGCUCCAAUCUGCGGAUCUGCUAUGUUAAUCCUAUUGAAACGAUAUCCGAACGAGCAGAAUAUCGACGAUAUAGUAGCAAAACUUCGAAAACAUCACAUUUAUAUUUAUGUGGUCACUCAUGAAGUCCCGUCAGGGGGAUUAUAUUCGCAAACUAUGUAUGAUAUUGCAACGAGGACAAAUGGAUAUUGCUCUUUCGGUAUUGAUCAAAACUUUUUAUAUGCUGCCACCAACGGAGGAGCGUAUUAUAGUCACUACCUUUUCUACUCCACUAAUAUUCCAGUGUCUGGAAAAAAUGGGACUGUUGCGCUACCACUUAUGACAGUACCUGAUUUGGAAACUGAUUAUUUAAUUAUGACGAUUCAAGAUCAUGGACCACUCACCUCGUUUAUAAGGCAGGAGAUUGAUUGGAAUGCUGUAGGCACAGAUUUGUCUGGCGGCGAAGCAGAAAACAUUUGGGACUUUGGAUGGGUUAAGGGAAACGGAACAUUUUAUGAACUCAGUUGGCAGCCCAGCCCGAAUUAUGUAUAUAAUAUGACUUUCAGCUAUGCGUUUACUGAUCGAAGCAGCCAGGUGCUCCAGUUCAGAGCGUUUACAGAGGACGAGAAUGUGAUCAACACAUGGAUUCCUUAUGACAACUGA